AGUUAGAUUCAGCUCAACUAAUAUUUUCAUUCAAUUAUUAAAUAUUGUCUAUUGUUUAAUUAAAAAAAAAAAGAAUUUGUUGAAGUAAAAAUAGGAAUGAAAGUAUGAUGCAGUUCUGUGCAAUUCUUAUGAGACGUUGAGAAAUAUCAAGCAAAGAUUGCGCAAUACAAUGGUCAUAUAGCUGCAAGUUCAAAGGACUAGUAACCUUGACAACAGUUAGUAUGAAAUUCACAUGCCAAUAAUUAUGCAUAUGGCUGGCGUUAGAAAAAAUUUUAAGUCAUGAGUGUUAGUACAGAGGAGCCAUUCGAUGAAUUACUCGAUGAAAUUUACACUUGGUUGAAUCAGAUGACUUUUUCACGACCCAGGAAAAAUCUUGCACGAGAUUUCGCUAAUGGUGUAUUUAUGGCUGAAUUACUCAAGAGAUAUUAUCCAAGAUAUGUAGAUCUACAUAAUUAUAGCCACACUAACAGCUUAUCAUCUAAAAUAGACAAUUGGUGUACAUUAAAUAAAAAAGUCUUUCAGAAGAUUAACAUGAAAAUCUCUGAUAAAACAAUUUAUCAAGUUGCAACUUGUCAAGAUAAAGCUAUUGAAGAUGUUUUAAUAAAAGUAAGAAAUAGAAUUUUGAAAAACUGUAAUGAUGAAAGAAUGUCUCUUUGUUCUAAUUGUGAAGAUGAUAAAGAAAUAGAACCAGUAGAUUCUGUUUUAAAUUUCAAUGAAAUACGAAAUACAACAUUACCUAAGUCAGUUUUUUUGAAGUUAAAACAAGAAUUACAUGAUAAAGAUAAAGUAAUUACAGCAUUAAAUAAUAAAAUUACUCAUCUAGAAAGUUUGAUUAAACUAAAAAAUCAAAGAAUAGCAGAUCUUUCAACUCAAAUUGUUAGAUCUAAUCAUAGAUAA